UCUCACAUACACACACUGUGCAGGUUCAUGUAUUGUAACCAGCCCGACAGGACCAGAUCAGCAGUAGAAAUGGCUCAUUCCUUCGACCUCACAGUGGGCGCGAAGUAGGAUUCGAACAGGGGCAGAAGCUUUGAUCAUUUUGCCAGCCUUACAAUAUUAUGAUUUCCCCUCCCUCUCUAUCUCUUUCUCUCUUUGGGGGAGAGGGAAGUCACACGUUAAAUAUUGACACUAAAUGGUGUGGUUCGACAGGAGCAAAGCUCGAACAGCACUAAACACCGACCCGCCUUCGCUCUGCGUUUUUUUGUGUCUGUGUGCAUGAGAGUGUCUCUCUUUUUCAACAGCGGAUUGAAAGGGGAGGGGGGGGGAAAGCUGCAACUUUCCUUGCAUAAAUUUGGCCAGAAUAUGUCGCUGACCAACACAAAGACGGGCUUUUCAGUAAAGGACAUCUUGGACCUCCCGGACACCAACGACGAGGACGGCUCGGCGGCGGAGGCGACGGAGGAAGACGGCGAGGCUUCCGGAUCGCCCCAAACUUCGGGGUUUGCCAGGCAAAGUUCGCUGGAAACUGUACAGAGGCUCCCGCUGAAGAACCCCUUUUACGAUAGCGCCGAUAAUCCGUACACCCGGUGGCUGGCCACGACCGAGAGCAUCCAGUAUUCGUUACACGGGAUUUCAACCAGCAACUCAAAACAGCAAAACUCCUCGAGUAAGUCUUCGGAUCCUUCGGCGGACGAGUCGCAGGAUAAUGCAACCGAGACUUCAAGCAACGACAGCGAGUCGGGCAAGAAAAGGAAACGACGGGUACUCUUUUCGAAAGCUCAGACUUACGAACUGGAGAGGCGUUUCAGGCAACAGAGAUACCUGUCGGCGCCCGAGAGAGAGCACCUCGCCAGUCUGAUCAGACUCACGCCCACCCAGGUGAAGAUCUGGUUUCAAAACCACAGGUAUAAGAUGAAGCGGGCCAGAGCCGAGAAAGGUAUGGACGUGAAUCCUCUACCCUCACCCAGAAGAGUGGCCGUACCGGUUCUAGUGAGGGACGGCAAACCAUGUCACGCUAGUAUGGUGACGAACGCUCUCAAAAGCCAGGACUUGGCUACGGCUACCUUCCAAACCAGCAUCGCCUUCCCAGCUUAUACCACGCAGUCCCUCCAACACAUGCAAUAUAACACCCAUUUCAGCUCUGCCAGUAAUCCCCAGUAUCACACACACCCUCUGGUCCAGAGCCAGCAAUGGACUUGGUGAACCGUUGCGUAAGAAAGGACUGCUUGAGAACUGGGCAUUAUAUAUAUAUUAAAUGAAUAUAUAUAGUAUAUAUGUAUGUGCGUGCAUGUGUGUGUGUAUGUACCUAUAUACAUAUAUACCGGCACAACAUACGUUUGGGACCGUGAUUCAGCUGAGCUUUUUUUUUGUCGCCGUCUGUUUACAAAUUAUAUUGACUAUGAAACCGGUUUUCUGCGUGUUUAGAACUGCGAAUUCAGCGCUCUUGUGACUUGUAAAGUAUGUCUUUGUAUUGUAGGAAUGUUUUCUCGUCACUUACAUUUGUUGUAUAAAAGGCAAGUGAGUACAAAAAAAAACUUUUGAAAUCAUGAAGAAACAUUUUAUUUCGCAUUCCCCAUUUUUUUAAAAAUAUGAAACUUGAGAUAUUUAUGGCCCUUUGUAAUCGGAUGUUUAGUUGGGUCCGUUUUUGGUUUUGACGAGGGUACG